AUGAAGAAGGGACUCGGGGCAGAUGUGAAGAAAACGAAGGCUUCGAAGAAGGACCUGCUCACGGAAAUCGAUCCGAUUUGCCAGAAAAUCAUUGAGGAUGAGGUUCUGAAGCAGUUUCCACUUCACAAGUUCCUCGGUGAGGAGAGCGUUGAUCCCGGUUCUGCCGCCUCCUCCAAGGCUCUCUCUGAACUCAUCAGCUCGGAGUGGCUCUGGGUCGUUGACCCCAUCGAUGGCACCACCAACUUCGCGCAAGGGAUGCCGAUGAGCGUGAUCUCCAUAGGGGUAGCGCAUCGAGGGAAGCCAGUGGUGGGAGUGAUCCUCGAUCCCUUUCGGGAUGAGCUGUUUCAUGCCAAGCUAUCCUGUGGGGCGUUCCUGAACGGCCAGAGGAUCGUGUGCGGCAGCGAGAGCGCAGUGGAGGACUCGGUCAUUGUGGCAGGGAGCCCAACGAACCUGAGGUCGAUAGCGCCCUCCUUGAGAGGGAUCAACGCCUUGAUGCCUCACUGCCGGUCGAUCCGCAUGCUUGGGUCGGCUGCUCUGCACUUGGCAUGGAUUGCCUGUGGCAGGUUGACGGCAUACUUUGAGCCAGACCUCAACUCGUGGGACACAGCAGCCGGUGCUGUCAUCCUCCGAGAGGCAGGAGGCCGCUUGACCGAUCUUGAAGGGAGCGAUUACCAGCUUACAACAAGAGCUGUAAGUGUUUCCACUGGCUUCGUCACGCGUGAAUGA